GGGGGCGAGGCGGGGCGGAGCUGCAGCGGGCUGGGCAGAGCUGGCGCCCGGUGGAGGCGCGGGGCGUGUCCCGGGCCAGAAGUCAUGUUCGGCAGAUCAGGCUACCGGGCGUUGCCCUUAGGGGAUUUCGAUCGUUUCCAGCAGUCGAGUUUCGGCUUUCUGGGUUCGCAGAAGGGCUGCUUGUCCCCAGAGCCGGGCGGCGUGGGGCCGGGGGCCGAUGCACCUGAGAGCUGGCCCUCCUGUCUCUGCCAUGGCCUCAUCAGUUUCCUGGGGUUCCUGCUGCUGCUGCUCACCUUCCCCAUUUCCGGCUGGUUUGCCCUGAAGAUCGUGCCCACCUACGAGAGGAUGAUCGUGUUUCGACUGGGCCGGAUCCGCACCCCCCAAGGGCCUGGCAUGGUUCUUCUCCUGCCCUUCAUUGACUCCUUCCAGAGGGUGGACCUGAGGACCCGAGCCUUCAAUGUUCCUCCUUGCAAGUUGGCCUCUAAGGAUGGGGCUGUGUUAUCUGUGGGAGCUGAUGUCCAGUUCCGCAUCUGGGACCCAGUGCUAUCCGUGAUGGCUGUGAAGGACCUAAACACAGCCACUCGAAUGACUGCCCACAACGCCAUGACCAAGGCCCUACUCAGGAGGCCACUGCAGGAGAUCCAGAUGGAGAAGCUCAAGAUCGGUGAUCAACUCCUGCUGGAGAUCAAUGAUGUGACCAGAGCUUGGGGCCUGGAGGUAGACCGUGUGGAGCUGGCGGUGGAGGCUGUACUGCAGCCUCCCCAGGACGGCCCAGCCGUGUCCAGCCUGGACAGCACCCUCCAACAGUUGGCCCUCCACUUGCUGGGGGGAAGCAUGAACUCAGCGGUAGGAGGUACUCCCUCCCCAGGGCCAGUAGACACCUUGGAAAUGAUAAGUGAGGUGGAGCCACCUGCCUCUCAGGCUGGGGCUGAGGCUGAGCCCAACCGGAAGCAGCCCGUGGCUGAGGGGCUUCUCACUGCCCUGCAACCCUUCCUGUCGGAGGCACUGGUCAGCCAGGUUGGGGCCUGCUACCAGUUCAACGUCAUCUUGCCUAGUGGCACCCAGAGUGUCUACUUCCUGGACCUCACUGCAGGACAAGGCAGAGUGGGACUUGGAGCACCAGAUGGCAUCCCUGACGUAGUGGUGGAGAUGGCUGAGGCAGACCUUCAGGCCUUGCUGUGCAGGGAACUGCGGCCCCUGGGGGCCUACAUGAGUGGGCGGCUGAAGGUGAAGGGUGACCUAGCCGUGGUCAUGAAGCUGGAGGCUGUCCUUCGGGCCUUGAAGUAGCCAUGUCAGUUGUCCAUCCAUGACCUAACCCUGAGCCUGGUGCCAAGCCAGAGAAGCCUCUUGGGAUAGGAGGCAUUGGUCUGGGCCACGGAAAAUUGAGGCCUGAAGAUGUUUCAGGCCCAACCAGGAGCCCAGGAGGCUGGGAGACAUCUGCUGCUGCUCAGUGCUGAGUCAGGUGUCCUGCACGUUCACCUAUGGCGGCUCUCUGGACAGGCCUUUGCUCAUUUGAUCCCCAACAAAGUGCUAGUCCUGAGCUGGCAACACAGAGUGAAGACAGAGCCCAGCCUGCCCUACCCAGCUGGACUCGACUGGACAGACAAGAGGCACAGAAGCAGCCUGUAUGGCACCCAUGUGAAGGACUGAAGCACAUGGAUCAUGGCUCUGACAUCCAGGGAGAUCAGAGGGGAGGGCAGGGGAGAGAGGGCAGCCCCCAAGAAGGGGUUGCUGCAGUGGAGGCAGGCGGCCCCACUUUCCUAUUGGCAGGCCAGAACAGGCUAGGAGGGAGGGCAUGGACAGCAGAAUUUGAUUUUCCAGUGGGCCUGCUCUGGAGGACCCCUGGCCGCGUCCACCAGCUCCAUCCUGCAUGCUUGAGGAGCUGGGCUCAGGGCAGCAUGCGGGAGAGCCCUGCUGUUCUGUGCUUACUAGAGGCUUGAGCGCCUUUGACAAAUAAACGUGGCAUUUACAGUG